UCCACAAACAACCUGAUCAGCGUAGUCAUCUCGCCUGAAAAAAUCCCUAAAAUCUUCGCCGCCACCCAAUCCGCCACCGUCGAAUCCGGCUGCGCUGCUUCCCUGAUAGUUGAUUCUCCCUUCUUAUCACUGUACUGCUUUUCCUUCCUUCUGAAACUUCCAGUUCCUACGUGCUCUCAGAGGUUUCUAGGGUUCCAGAGCUUCGACGCCGCCAAAUGUGGUAAAUAGAUUAUCAUCAUUCACCUGCUUUUGAAUUCGUCGUAGGUUGUUCGAUUUGCCGAUGUCGAUGAGAAGUGGCGAGGAUUUAUUCGUUGGUCUCUUGAAUCGGGUUAUCUCAUGACGGAGACUGAUCAACCGGAGGAGAGUCCUCCGAUGGCGGGAGAGAAUGGUAGUAAUGAGAACGAGGAUAUCAGCACGGAAGAAGAGGAAGAGGAAGAAGAUGACUUGGAUUUCAAUCCGUUCUUAAAGGGGACGCCAUCCCCUGAGGCUUCUUCGAGUUUGAGCUCCGAGGUCGAAGCUUUAGACGAUGCUUCUUCCCCAAAACCAACUGGCGAGGUUCAGAACUUCCCCGUCGGAGAUUCCGAGCACGGCGAAGAGGUUGUGAUGCAGACAUCAUGUUCCCCCGAGGAAGGCGAGAAGGGCCAAUUUGGGAGGAAGAGGUCGAGUUCUCAACAGGAUGAGUUAAGUGGAGAUUUCGACGAUGAGGACGCGAUCUGCAAGCGGACUAGGGCACGUUAUUCGCUGGCGAGUUUCACACUUGACGAACUGGAGAAUUUUCUCCAGGGAACGGAUGACGAGGAUGAUUUACAGAACGUGGAUGAUGAAGAAGAGUACAGGAAGUUUCUUGCGGCCGUGUUACACUCCGGGGACGGAGAUGAGCAGCCGGCACUAGCUGAAGAAAUUGGCGAUGAUGAGAACGAUGCAGACUUUGAGAUAGAGCUUGAAGAGCUGCUGGAGAGUGAUGUAGAUGAUAGUGCAAGAGAUAAGGAUAGGAAAAUUAAGACAAGGCAGAAUAGAAGUGCUCGGAAUAAGAAAAAGAAUAAGAAGCUCUUGGAACAGACGAAGAGGCCAUUGCGGCCUCUUCUACCGAGCCUACCGAAUGGUGGGGUGGCCACAUUUCCUAGUUCAUGUGGCAAAGUGUUGGCACUUGAAGCGGCUGCAGUGCAUCAACCUUCCGAGAAUCCACUGAUCAAUGGAUUUACUCCACAGCAGAUAGGCCAACUGCACUGUUUGAUACACGAGCAUCUGCAGCUGCUUAUCCAAGUGUUUUGUCUAUGUUUCUUCGAUUCUUCCAGGAAGCAUAUUGUUACUCAGAUUCAGGGUUUCAUUUCAGAGAUUCUGCACAAAUGCAGUGAGGUUGGGGUAUGGAGAAGUUUACCCUUUCCUGACAUUUGCUUCAAUCCUCGUUACAUGCGCCCUUCAGUGACAGAUGAGCUGAUAAAUUCUGAACAAACUGCUGAAUCUUUCUGGGUGCCUUGCGUUAGGGGACAAGUGGUGUCGAUUCUGGAUGUUGCUCCGCUACAUUUAGUUGGAAAGUUUAUUGAAGAUACUUGCAAUGCUGCCAAGGAGUAUCAAAGACGCUGUGUUGAAUCUAGUUUUGAUGGGCAAUAUAAAAAGGAACCACUCUUCCAACUUCCUUAUCUUCCAUCACCAGUGGAGGCAAAUGGUGACCCAGCAGCACCAUUGACACCUGGGCAGGAAUUGCCUAAGAAGACAUUGGCUGCAUCGAUUGUCGAACGUGCCAAAAAGCAGUCGAUAGCUUUGGUCCCUAGAGAUGUUAGCAAGUUGGCGCAGAGAUUUUUUCCAUUUUUCAAUCCAGCAUUGUUCCCUUACAAGCCACCACCUACAUCUUUAUCAAAUAGGAUCCUUUUUACUGAUGCAGAGGAUGAGAUUCAAUUCUCUUCUCGGGGAUUUUGGUGCAGAUUGUUGGCAUUGGGAAUGAUGGAAUUUAAUACAGAUUGGGAGGUGAUUCAGCAGCGUUUCCUUCCUUGCAAAUCCAAGCACCAGAUAUAUGUCCGGCAGAAAAAUCGGUGUUCAUCCAAGGCACCAGAAAAUCCCAUAAAGGCAGUUCGUAGAAUGAAAGCCUCUCCUCUAAGGGCUGAAGAAAUCGAACGUAUCCAAGAGGCACUGCGAGUGUACAAAAUGGACUGGAUGUCAAUAUGGAAAUUCAUUGUCCCUCAUAGAGAUCCUUCUUUAUUACCACGGCAAUGGCGGCUUGCCCUCGGUACUCAGAAGUCGUAUAAACAGGAUGCUGCUCAAAAAGAGAGGCGGAAAAAAUAUGCAUUUAAUAGGAGGAGCAAAGCUGCAGAUUUGUUGAAUCAGAAAACGACAUUGGAUAAGGAGCUUUACCGCAACAACUCACAAAAGGUUAGGGAUAAUAUUGUUGAUAAUCAAACUGAAGCGUAUGUUCAUCGGGCAUUCUUGGCAGACUGGCCACCGGUUUCUUCAUAUCCUCCAUUGCCUGCAAACCUAAUGGGAAAAUGCCUGCCGGCAGAUUCAUUAAGACAAGCUAUUCGGACCGGGAAGCAACUGAAUGUCUCAGUAGUUCCUGGUGAAUCUCCACACCAGAAUAUAUACAACCAUCAACAACCUGGUACCACGUCUCCUUUCAGUCGGUCUGCACAUUCCCCUACUACUACUAAUCAACUAAACCAAGAACCAGUUCAUGGAAUGACAUCAGCAGAUAUCCCCAAGCCAACAAUGAGUUUGUGGCCUUACAGAACUCGUAAGAAGAUAGGUACACGUUUGGUUAAAUUAGCACCUGAACUCCCCACCGUGAAUCUUCCACCUUCUGUUCGUGUAUUAUCUGAAUCAGCUUUCAGGAGCAACCACUCCGGAGCAAUUUCUAGGGUUUCCAGUACCAAGCCUGGUUCUGGAAAAGAUGAUUCAGCGCCUCAACUUCUCGAGGAUGAAAGAGUUAAUGAUUCGGAACUUCAGAUGCAUCCUUUACUGUUCAAGUCUUCUGAAGCUGAGGGCUCUCUUUAUAACCCGUCAAAGUCUACUACUGCUGGCUCUUCUAGUUCGUUCAGUUUCUUUUCUGGGAAUCCUCCACAUCUGAAUCUCAGCCUCUUUCAUAAUCCUCGCCAUGUUGGUGAUUGUUCUGCUAAAUCCAUUCGAACAGAGGAAUGUAGUUCAUCAGCAUCAGGCGGCAUCGAUUUCCAUCCUCUUCUGCAGCAAGCUGAUGACGGAAAUAGUAACUUAGUUAUGCCUGUAUUAAACAUCUACCAAUCUAAUGCCAUUGGCCCAAUUGAGAAAGGUCAUGAACUGGACCUCGAGAUUCAUUUGAGUUCUGCAUCUAGAAACAAGAAGAACAGGGUAACCAGAGAUGGUGGUGGUUCGGUUAAUCAAUCCACUUCGGCCAAAGGUACCAUAAAGAGACCUAUGGCCAAGGACAGCCGUGUGUCUGGGGCUACUGAUUCAUCUAGGCUGGAAAGCAACAAUGCUGACUCAUCAACAAGCAGUAAAGGUCGUUCAUAUAUUGAAGAUAUGGGUUGUCAGUCCUUGCAAGAGAUUGUGAUGGAACAGGAAGAGCUGAGUGACUCUGAUGAAGAAUUUGAAGAGAAUGUAGAGUUUGAGUGUGAGGAGAUGGCUGAUUCUGAAGGGGAAGAAGGUUCUGGCUGUAAAUCGAUUGGUGAUCGGCAAGAUGAGACGGGAAACCUCAAAGUUUCAACCCAGGAAGUCGUUUCAACUAACGGCAAACAUACUUGUAACCAAACCCAUGGGAACUCUUCUGCCCCAGAAAUAGGCAGCAGCAGCAGUCCUUUGUUGAAGAAGCUAAGUCUGACGAUGCUGGGGAAGGAUAAAAAAAGCAACACUUGGUUAAGCUUAGACUCUGGAGCACCAAACGAGCAUGACGAUGCUGCUCCAGGACAUCAGGUAGAAAGCGGGCCUUCUGGUCAGCAGGAUGUUACUGACAUGGCGCAACAACUCAGCCUCGGUCCUCUUGCUUCUUCAACGGCGAAGAAAUCAAGGGGCCGUGCUACUCGAGGUAGUACGAACUUGAACUCGGAGAUCACAGACCAAGAAAGUUUUCCUGAGAGUACUCUAGCCAUGGCCUGCUCCAAUCUGACAAUGUGGGCCUCCUCAAAAACCUCCCUCUCCGACGCUUCACCGCUCUCCUUCCGCUCCUCCGUCUCGCCGUUCCAAAUCCCAUCUCCCAAUUCUUCCCCUUCUUCCACCUCCAGACCCACCUCUGUUUCCCCUGUUCAGUGCAACCUCCGCGAGCUCCGAACCCGAAUCGAAUCCGUCAAGAAUACCCAGAAGAUCACCGAGGCCAUGAAGCUCGUCGCCGCCGCCAAAGUCCGCCGCGCCCAGGAGGCCGUCGUCAACGGCCGCCCCUUCUCCGAGACCCUCGUCGAGGUCCUCUACAACAUCAACGAGCAGCUCCAGACCGAAGACGUCGACGCCCCGCUGACCAAAGUCCGGCCCGUGAAGAAAGUCGCCCUCGUCGUCGUCACCGGAGACAGAGGGCUCUGCGGCGGGUUCAACAACCAGAUUCUUAAAAAAGCAGAGAACCGGAUGAAGGAUUUGAAGGCUCUGGGGAUUGAGUUUACUCUCAUCAGCGUGGGCAAAAAGGGGAAUACUUACUUCUCCCGCCGUCCCUACAUCCCCGUGGAUCGGUUCUUGGAAGGGACCAACUUGCCGACGGCGAAAGAUGCUCAGGCGAUCGCCGACGAUGUCUUCUCCCUCUUCGUGAGCGAGGAAGUCGACAAGGUCGAGCUUCUGUACACAAAAUUCGUCUCGUUGGUGAAAUCGGACCCUGUGAUUCACACCCUGCUCCCGCUUUCCCCCAAGGGAGAGAUCUGCGACAUCAAUGGAGUCUGCGUUGAUGCCGCGGAGGAUGAGUUCUUCCGGCUGACGACCAAAGAAGGGAAAUUGACGGUGGAGAGGGACAUCGUGAGGACGGCGACACCCGAUUUCUCCCCGAUUUUGCAAUUCGAGCAGGAUCCGGUGCAGAUCUUGGAUGCUCUGCUUCCCCUGUAUCUGAACAGCCAGAUUCUGAAGGCGCUGCAGGAAUCGCUGGCGAGUGAGCUCGCCGCGAGGAUGAGCGCGAUGAGCAACGCGACGGAUAAUGCUUCGGAGCUGAAGAAGACGCUGUCGAAUGUUUACAAUCGGCGGAGGCAGGCGAAGAUCACCGGUGAGAUUCUGGAGAUUGUUGCCGGAGCCGAUGCUCUUGUGUAA